AUGGAUAUGUCAAUCACUGUACAGCUUGUCUUUGCACCGACCGGGUGCCAAUUUCCGGUGGAAGUGAAACACCCGCGAUCCUCCCCUGUUUUUACCAGUUCCUCGUUGGCAUCGUCGUCACCGGGGAGCUUUUCUCAGUCGUCAAAGAUAUUUGUCUCCGAUAUUGUGUCAUGUGUCAACAGUUGCAAGGUUGCCUCACCACUCAGUGGGGAUACGGAGAGAAAUGUGAAGAUUUACGUCGAGUUGUUUGACUACACCACGCUGCGGCCUCUUUUAACCAAUGAGCCAGUGGUAGACGGGCAAAAGCUGCUGCUAUUUGUGCCGGCUCUUGUGGCUGAUUCGCUGGCCGAGCAGCUGCUCCAUCAGUGGGGUCAAACCGCCCCCGGUGACCAAGGCAUUCAUACAGACGAGAAAGAGCGCUGGAAGAACCUGCGGCAAGCGAUUUUGGCGCUUAAUGCCCCUCAAAAACUUCAUCAGGAGCUCAUGGAAAAGGAGAUGGAAGACUGCGUUCAACUUCUUGAAUUCGCCACUACUCAGUUAAAUGCGGCGAAGGAAAAUAUACCUCAUGUGUUAGCGGGCAUGAAAGACAUGAGGUUGUUUUAUGACCCUGAAGUGCCACUAACAUCCCUUGCAGAACGAAAGCACCUUGAUGCUGCGGUGCGGACGGGGGAAAAAAAACUACAAGAGGCGGCGACUCUUCUUGAAAGUGUGCAAGCCAUGGUCCCUGCCGUUAUUGAGGCCAUCAACGCCGAAGCGCAAGUCAGUGAGAAUGUUGAAAAAACACCAGCGUGGAAAACAUUUUUGCCAUCGACCAUGGAUGGACGUGAGGAGGUGGCCGUUACGACAUUAAUGUAUGAAGUUGACCGCAAGGUCCAGGUGGUGCUUGGCAUUGUGGAGAACAUAGUCAAACUCACGAAGCAAUUGAAACGGUGUCGACACUACGCUUCAGCCGUUCUGAACCAUGUGGUGGAGCAACACAAUAAAUUGUGCCUCCUUCCGCAGGGAAUGGAGGCUGCUAAAGAAGUGGUGCAUCGCCGCAUUAUUUUACGACGCGCUAUCCGUCGCAUGUUGGUACCUUUGGAGGUGGAGUACCAUGCGACAGAGCGUAUUAUUCACAAAUUUACAGAGAACUGGAGUCAAUUGCUACCAGAUAACCUCUACAGGGCCGUAUCAACCCCUUUGCCACCUUUGUAUCCUCCAGAUGACUUUAUUGCAAACGACAUGGACCGUCUUUUUCUUGAUGUUGAAGAUGAUGAAACAGAGAGACUGUUGAACGCCAUUAACGCGUCGUCUUCAUCGAAAGGUCAAUGUAAUCAAAUGACUGAAAGGAGUUUGAAGGAGGCAGAGGAGAAACUGCAACGGUGUGAAACAGUGUUGGAGAAUGCGCAGAAGGAAAAUACGGAACUUGAGGAGUUGAAGUGA